GGAGCCGCCGAGCCCCGCGGGAGCCUGUCCCGCCGCGGAGAGAUGCCCGCCGCGGGGAGGAAAAGUUUCGCCGCCUCCGCGAAGCCCGGUCCGGCGGUGCCGCCGCCUCCCGUGAGCCCCGGGGAAGCCGCUUGGCCCCACCGAGCCCGCACCGAGCCCCCGGCCCCGUCCCGGCGCUCACUGCCUUCCCUGCCGGGGCUGCCGCCAGAUGUGGUCGCCGGGAGGGAGCCCGCCGAGCUCCGGCUCUCCCGGGCCGGCAGCGCCGCUCGGCACCGCGCGGUGGCGGCCUCAGCGGAGGAACGGGACCGGGACCGGCGCCGGGAGCCGCGGGGAUGCCGGAGCGCGGCGCGACCCCACGGACGGAGAAGGCACCGCCACCCGCAGGGUCCGGGGCUGGCCGGGCGAUGGGAACCCUAGCCCCGCCGCGGGCACAUCGAUCUGUCGCACCCCGAGCCCGAGCGGGAGCUCUCGCCGUGAGCCAGGGAUAUUCACUUUCCUUUCUGUCCCCGCGUCUUGACAUGUAGAAGAUCAGUUGCUAAACUGUUGCCUAAUCAAGUCAGCCGUAACACAAGAGCAAACUUGUUUCAGAGAACGGGUUUCCUGUUGGAAAUCAAUAUUCCUCCUAGUAACAGCAUUGGAGAAGCUGUUACGAGGGUCGGGAAUUCUGUGGGGUGUCAGAAAGCUUAAGGUCAACCAGCGUGCACAGAGGUUGUGAACUGUAAUUGCUCUUAAUGCUGUUUAAGAUUAACCUCAAUGGUUAUCGGGGUUUAUGGCAUCAGCACCAGAGGAGAAGGAAUUCAUAUGAAGAAAUAAACCCAAGAUACAUAGUCUUAACUGCAAAGUCAGCCUGACUUUGCAGUUAAGCAAAAAGAAAAGACUGAAAGCAAUCACUUCUAAAUAUUAAACAAGAAUAUCCUUAAAUAAUAGAAAUGCACAGCUAGGAAGAAAAUCCUGAAAUUAACAUACUGGCAGAUGAGAUUUAAAAGUUCACUGCAGAUGGAAAGAAUCCGCAAAAGAACAAAAAAUAAGUAGGGAAAGAGCAAAUGAAUCCAGUUGUUUGAAUCUACCUGAAUUGGGGGGCACCACUAACAAAAAAGCUGUUACUUUUGGAGAAUUCCAAAACUGAGGAUAAAGUAACGAAACAUUAACUCACCCUGGGGACAAGCUGGGCAAUGGUGCAGGGCUGUGAAAUGUUCAGCACCUCCAGUGUCAGUAACUCCAGAAGUGCUUGGAGCAGCCUCGAGCCCAGGUCCAUGUGCAUGGUCUGACCAAGUAAACAGAGAUCACACCAGGCAGGCCCAGAUGUAAUCACGCUUUAAGGCUUGAUAUUCUUAUUCCUACUGUUUCCCCGUCCUUUACAAACCCAGGGAAGAUGAGACAGUGCUCUUGAUGGCUUUAAGACAGAGCUACAAUGCAUACAAAAAUUGGCAAAAAGGAAGGGCAACUUGUUGCAGUUCUUAAAAUGGCAAAAUCUAAUCUUCUUUCUUGUAAAACAUUUCUAAAAGCAGAUUUGUUCCAAAAUAAUUGGCAAACAUCUACUCUGUUGUUAUGAAUAGGGAAUCUAUUCAGCUUACUGACUAGCUUUGACAUAGGGCUGGUUAUUUUUAUCGUGGUGGCUCCUAACGAUCCCAGUGCUAGAUUGGAAGCCAACCCUAUGAGGGGCUCUCCAGAUGCCUUGGCCCAAGGAAGAGCCCCAGGAACACAAACCAGUGGCAAAAAGCUCUGCUAAAUGUGACUCUGCUCACAGCAGAAAUCCUUACACAAGCCUCAGCCCCCCUGUAGGCCUUCCCUAAAGUCUGAGUAAAUAAGAGAUGCCUUUCAGGGUGUCUGGAAGGUCAGCGAGCUGUCCAAGCUGGAGAGCAGCACGUUUCUAUGGUCAAGGACACCUUCCUCUCCCCGUGGGCACCUACUACUCCUUUUUCUUUUUUUAUACUAAUGAAAGACAGAUGAGAAGACAUUAUAGCAGGGUUUUGGUGGUGCUCGUGGUACACUAGUACUAACUAGUAGAAAUCCACAGUGAACAGAAUUUCUCAGGCACAAAUGUUCCUGGUUUCCUCUGGUGCUGUGGCUGACCUUAACUAAAAGUUCACCUAAGCUCAAAAAUAGUUGAAUAAACCACCAGAGCUUGAAAAUUAUUAGCCAGAUUAAUUAUUUUGUAGGCUGGACAAACAGUUUAACCAUUUAUUAAAGACUCCUGGUUCGAUUGAGUUAUACAGAAUUUUCUUUGUUGAAUGAAGUCAUCAAUGGAAGCCAAAGAGACUGAUUCAGUGAAAAUAGCUGAAAUUUCUGCUAGCAAUGAGGUGUUUGGUGUCAUCUGGAAUUACCCUGUUUGAAUGAGUUGAACAGUUGAAAGCUGCAAAUGGUAGAUAAUGCUGUGAGGACUUCAGGUGGAAACGAUAGGGCCAUUUCUGACUCGCUGGAAAAAAGUAACUACUAGCUUUCUGAGAUUAUAGGAUUAAACUGUAUCAGUACUUUAAAUGUGACUCAUGAGCAGGGGGUUUCUCAAGAGAAUUACAUAAAUUUCCCAAGGUCUUUCUGAAUAACAAAUUGUUCCGAAUAAUUUCCUCAUCUUUAAUAACCACGGGUGAAACCCUGGCCUCACCGAGGUCAACAGAAAAAGUCCUCUUGAUUUCGGUGCGUUCAAGGUUUUACCCCCAGACUCUGGGAAAUGUUCAGUUCACGGUGACUGGGUGAGGAAGAAGUGAGGAAGACUCUGUGGCUGGACAGGAUAUUUCCUACCAACUGGUAAUUCCAACUGUUCUCAGAUUUUCAUAUUUACCCCCCUUAGCGAUGAACCAGAUUCUAUUCUCAAUUGCACCAGUGUGGAUUUACAGUGUAUUUUUAGAUAUCUCUGAGCAAAAUCUAUCUUCUUGUCAAGGCAUGUGACCCCAAACAUUUCUUGUCGGGUUACAGAAGUAGCAUACAGGGAACUGUGCAAAUCUGGGUUGACCACGUGGAAGUUUAACUUACCCACGCUGCUACCCCAAGGCAACUCUUUGCUUACCUGCACUAAGUUAAUUACAAUUGACUUGGCUAUAAUUAUUGCAGUUCUAAUCAAGAGUAGAUAACACAUACUGCCAUUACCCAUGCAGCUAUUGAAAAAAAAACCAACCCACAGCUAAACACCAAAGAAAGUUGGAAAACUGAUGUGGUAAAAUCCAAUUUAACAGAAGGCACUUUAUAAAUAAGGGAAGUAACACCAUCUUUUUCCGUAUGGAUUUGCACCUUUUGUCCCUUGGGCCACCAACAAAAAGUGAUCAGCUUCCUUCCAGACUUCAGUUCUCUCCUCUUCUGGGUGAGAGAUGGUUUGUGCCACAGAGAGCUGUCUUGCUAGGUUGUCCACGGCAUUUGGAUGGCUGACUGCUGAGUUUUGCCUCUUUCUCUCUCAGUGAGGUCACCUCUUUCCACAAAACACAUAGGGGGCCUCUCUCCCUCCAAAACUGGCUAAAAACUUAAUAAGAAUUACUAAAAAGAGGAAAGCAGAGAGCACUGUUGGGUAGGUUCACUUUCUUAGGAAAACUACUGGAAAUUCGGUUCCUCCACAGGUGUCCGUUUGCAUAGUUUCCCUGAAGUCUCUCCAGUCACACUCCUUCAUAUGAGCAGAAGAUCUGGCCACACAUAUUUAAGCAUUUCAGACCUCUUGCUGAGGGUACAUGAAGACAGUUUCAGAUUUUACAAGAGCAAAGGAAUGAAACAAACGGCUUCACGUUCUUCAUGACUCAACUCCUCCAGCUCAGCCUGUGCUUUGAAGCCCCUGAGCAUGUAUAGACUUUACUUUUGUGCCAGCUCUUAUUACUAACUAUUUUGCAGGAGUUUAUAACCAGAUCUGCAGCUCUGGGUAAAACUAAGCAUGAUAAUUUUGUGACAGAUCUUGUCUUGGUUAGCAAACUUCAGCUUCUAGUAGAACUUGUUGAGCUUUGCCUAAAUGUAACUGAGAUCAAGGUGUGCUCUGUCCAUUUGAAGCCAGAAUCUGUGGUGGUAUAGUUGCGAGGAUGGAGAUACUCUUAAGCUCUUUCUGUGCUAAUAAUUAUUGUAAUUAUAAUAAUAUAAGUAUUUCUUUGCUUUCUGAUUUUUGUUCCUUAUUCUCCUCCUAUUCACUUGAUUCUUUUUUGCCAUAUUACCAAUUUAAAACCUCACAGUAUACAUACACACACACAGUACUUAUAUAUGUAUACAUACACACUAUUUUUUUCAAUAUUAAGCUUCAGAAAGACCUAGAAAUUGUGAUGUGCUAAUACUAUUAUGAUUUUUAAACACUAACUCUAAGUUAAUAUAAAAUAGAAGUUCUUACUAGUGACCAAAUUCUUACCUGCUUGUCUCUGGUGAGAGAUUAGGGUAGACAGGGAAUUGGGACUGAAGCAAUUCAAGAAAUGGGGUAUUAUUCAUAGCAUGAAUAGGAGAUAAAAUUGUGUGUAGGAGGUGUCUAGGAGAUACAAUUUGCCUUUCUAAAGCGAUUGAAAGAUUGUUAUCUCUUUUUACCUUUCAGCAAAAUGAUGGUCCAACACUCAGGCCAGGUAUCUGCAUUAGAAGUCAGCGCCUCCGCAAUUGUUCCCACUUUGUCCCCCGCAGGGUCACUGGGGUUUGAUGAUUUCACAAAUUUAACCCCACUGGUGAAAGAGGAACUGAGGUUCACCAUUCAGAAUAAGCGUCAGUCCCACAGGAUGUCUUCUACAUUGGAUACGGUGACAGUUUCUGAAAGGCCAAUUGAAACAUCAAUCAUGAAAACAGAGUUUUCUCCUGAAGAGGAUGAAAGAAAAAAGAGAAGAAGGGAAAGGAAUAAAAUUGCUGCUGCAAAGUGUCGAAACAAAAAGAAGGAGAAAACAGAAUGUUUGCAGAAAGAAUCAGAAAAGCUGGAAACUAUCAAUGCAGAAUUAAAAGCCCAGAUCGAAGAGCUAAAGAAUGAGAAGCAGCAUUUGAUAUACAUGUUAAAUCUUCACAGGCCCACUUGUAUAGUUCGGGCACAAAAUGGAAGGACACCUGAAGAUGAAAGGAAUCUUUUUAUUCAACAGAUCAAAGAAGGCACAUUACAAGGUUAAGUGAUAUGGCAAAUAUGGGAAUAUUUAUAAUGGUUUUUAACAACUACCAGAAUCCAUGGAGGAUCUGACAUAACGUGUAGGAUUCUAUUAGUCAAGAGCCUUUAGGAAGGGCAGAUUGCUUUAAGCAGAAAGGAUCAUUUUGGCUUGACAGUGAUUCUUCCUCUUGGAAGACCUGGUCUCAACAAAUUGAAGAGUCUUCUGCCUCAAAUAUAGGUUUUGCACCUGACAUACUUGCUGUUCCUAGGAGCUACAGACAACAGCUUCAGAUGUUUUAGCUCUCUGCUAGUAUACAGUAUCUGCACUCACAACGUUUGUGCUAGAACACUAUGACUUCCGAAGAUGCACGUGGUACAGACAGCUGUGCUGAUGGACACUACUUCUCCUUGUUGCUAGUAAGGAAGGUGGACUGAGAGUAUUUUUAGUUUCCAGGAGGAUGGUUUCAUGUACUGAAAUGUAACGUUGCAUUCUAACCUAACACACACACGCACACACACACACAAAGACACACAAAAAGCCUUUAGUUCCAACUAAGCUUUGUAAUUAUUUUUUUCACAACACUUGUGUGGGUUUUUUCUGUGACUCAUCUCAAAGACUGAAUCUGAAGAGCCUCGUGGGUGUGACAAAGAUGUUCCUUGCAAAAUGUCCAUACCUUGUAUUUCAUGAGCUGGAACCCCACCUACUGUCUUUUGGGGACUACGAUUUUCCCUUGAAUUGCUGAAGAGCAGCUUGUACCACCACUUGGUGGAUUGGACCCACUGGAAAGAGGAAACUAACUAUGGAGGGAUAUUGAUACAGGUUUUGCCCGAAUAAAGAACUGCAGGACUGAAUACCAGGCUCAUGAACAAUGAAGAGUUAAAAAAAAAAUAAGAUAAUCUAGGAUCAAACCCUGCAAGCCUUAAUUCAUGCUAUUAACCCUCACUCACGGAAGAGGUUCCAUGGAGUUCUGUGGGUCUGUUUACGAGAUAGUUCUUAUAAGAGCUUGACAGAGCUUUUUCCAUCCUGGUCAGGAUUACUUCCUUCUGCCAGGUGAUUCAGAGGGAAAAAUCGAUUGCAGCUACUUUUAUUUUGUAUAUGAGUGGCAACUACAGUCAAUCAAAAGUGUUACUUAGAACCUAAAGGAGGAAAGAGUUUUGAUGUAGUGAAUAACUGGUUUUAUUUUUUAAUCAAAUACUAACCUUGGAUGUUUUGAACUGGUAGAAGAGCUGCUGGACAAAACAGUUGGAGCUAUGAGCAUUUGAAUUCUGAUGUUUCUGUGAAAUUCUCAGAUUGUUUAAUCAUAUAAUAUAUAUAUCCUUACAAUUUUUUGUAAAAGAAAAUAUUAUCCUUAUUUAUCACUAUCAUAAUGGGUAGAGUUAAUAAAUACUGCGAGCAAGAUAAAACUAAAAACACAAGUGUUGUGCUGUCUUUUUACUUGUAUCUCUUGGUGUUUAAUAUUAUAUAUUCCUAAACUUCACCAGUUGUAGUUGAGACACUACUAUUGGAAACACUUAUCCUUCAUCUUUUCCACAGAUGGGGCACUAAAUAUCUUGAACGAUUGGGUGCAGACAUUAUACUUUCCAAAGUUCUGUACCUCCAUCAGUGGUGUCUAGCUGUGCAAUGUCACCAUUUAAACAAAGCAGACAAUAAGAAUGGAGCUUACAGUACAUAAUAUUUUACACCAGUUAUGCAGUGUCAAAACUGUGGUUUAGUUCUAAAGGCUAAGCUUAAAGAUACCUCGGCCAUAAGCUUUUUACCCUGCAAGUCCCGGAUGAGUCUAUCAGAUAUCAUACCUGAUCCUUAUAUGAUCAUUAUAUUCUGCAACAGAACUUCUUAGUACAUUUUCCUAAGAUCUGGAUAUAUUGUAAUGUCCUAUAUUGCAUUUUAAACAUAUGUACUUCAUGUAUCUGAAAAGUUAAUGUAUUAAAGAUGACAUGAUAGAUCUGAUUCUGUCCUGAAAAUCCAUUAUCUUUCUGUAUGUUGGAAGGAGCUUCCAUUGACUUCAAUGACAGUUUUAUUCACGUCUUGUAAGCAGCGUUUGGAGCCUCUGCUGCAACUUCUCUGGCUUAGAGGGCAAGUUGCACAGGGAGUUGGGCCAGCUAUUUAUCAGACAACAGAUACACAUGAAGCAUGUUACAAUAAACUUGUCAAUGUUCAUUGGUAUUUGACUUCUGUAAUGUGGAAAUACAAAACCAAGGCACCAUCCCAGUAUUGUAUGCCUUGGCUUUGCCUUUUGGGCAAAUACCAGCAGACAAAACUAUUUGUCUCCUAUACUGUUAUAAAGAGUUACCACAGAGACUAGAGUAUAAUGACAGAAUUCAUGUGUCUCCCUUAGGGAAUUUGUAUGGUUGCUUUUAACCAUAUCACUAGUGACGCAGGCGUCAUGCUUUUGUUGCUUGAUGUUAUUUACUUAGCAUCCCAAAUGUUAAUAUGGUACCACUAUUGUCAGAAGAUAAUCUAUUUUUAUUUCUUUGUAUGUGUAGUCGGAGCUGCUUUCUACUGCUUUUGUAUGUGUGUGUGCAUGUGUGCUCCUGCACGCUACUCUAGAAAUGAUGGUACUCAAGUUCUUUUGACUAUGCCCAGGAAAAGAGUGUUUAAACACCUAGACAGGAACAGUAUGUUGCAUGAGAUUUCUAAGAGUAUACUUUAUGCAGGACAAACCUUAAAAUGCAUUAAAAGCAGUUUGUUUUCUAUUCUCAAGUUUGUUUUGAUACUUUAAUAAAAAAGAAUUAAUAUAUAUUUA